GUUUGCACAUCAAAAUUUUAUAAGACUUUAUUAAAUAACAUUUUACAACUAUGUCUAGCAACAAAGAAGAAAAACAAUAUGGUUUAAUAUUACCUAAAAAACAACAACCAGUUACUCCAAAAGUUAGCAAUGUAUUUGGUGAUAAUAAUGACUCAGAUGAAGAAGAUGGUACUGAUUGGGUUAAAAAAGCUCUUCAAGCAGAAGGAGAAAAAAAUAAAAUUAAAAAGCAAACAAAGUUAAAUAUGCAAAAGGCUUUAAAAGAAGAUCCAACAAUAUUCCAGUAUGAUGAAAUUUAUGACGACAUAGAGAGAAUAAAAGAUCAAUCAAAAAAUAUAAAGGAUGAAAAAAAGAAACCAAGGUAUAUUCAAAAUCUUUUGAAAGCUGCUGAACGAAGGAAGAAGGAGCAGGAAUACAGAAUUGAAAGAAUGGUUCAAAAAGAACGUGAAGCAGAGGGAGCAAUGUAUGCAGAUAAAGAAAGUUUUGUUACUUCUGCUUAUAGAGCAAAAUUAGAAGAAUUUAAAAGAAUGGAAGAAGAAGAAAAUAAAAUGGAUAGAUUAGAAGCUAUUGCAGAUGUCAAAAAGCAACAAGAUAUGUCAGGAUUUUAUAGACAUUUGUAUGAACAAACUAUGAAAACUCCAGAGGAAUCUGAAAUAAAAAAAAAUAUAAAUGAUAAUAAAAUGUAUUCGAAUAAUGAUUUAGAAAAUAUAAGUAAAGAAACAAAUGCUGUUAUAACCAAUAAAGAACAAAUUAAAAAUAAAGAAAUAAAAAAAAAUAGACAGUAUAGGCAAAGAAUAAUAGAAGAAGACAGCGAUACAGAUACAGACAUUAAUCAAACAGUGGAAAAUAAAGCAAAAAUUAUUUUCCCUGAGAAACGUAAAGAUAUUGAAAAGGAACCUACAAAAAUAGAACCCGAUAUGAAAAAACAAAAACAAAUUGAAAAUAUUGAAAAUGAUGAAACACAAAAUCAAGUUAAAGCAGAAAAUAUGAUAAAUUCAAAGGAUAUUGAAAAGGCACCAGAAAAUAAUGAAAAUGAUGACAAAGCUGAAAAAGCAAAUAUUAGUGCAAAAGCAAAAAUAGAAGCAGAAAGAAGGGAACGAUCAAAAAUUUGGGAAAAAAGAACAAUUGGUCCUGUAUUUGAAGCAACAUUGCAAAGAUAUUAUGUUAGAAAAUCUAUAAGAAUGUCAGCUGCAUAGUAAAUUGUAACUACUAAAAGUUUAAUUAUUUAAUGUAGGAUAAACUAUAUUAUUUAGUUUUAAUACGAAGAAAUAAGUUGUGGCUUCAUAUAUCCACUAUCACCUA